AUGGGCAGUGGAGCCAGCGCCGAAGACAAGGAGCUGGCUAAGAGGUCCAAGGAACUGGAACGGAGGCUGCAGGAGGACGCAGCCCAGGAAGCCAAGACGGUCAAGUUGCUGUUGUUGGGUGCAGGUGAGUCAGGAAAAAGCACCAUCGUCAAACAGAUGAAGAUCAUUCACCAGGAUGGCUACACACCAGAAGAAUGCUUGGAGUACAAGGCCAUCAUCUACGGCAAUGUGUUGCAGUCCAUCCUGGCUAUUAUCCGGGCCAUGACCACACUAGGCAUCGACUAUGAUGAUCUGAGCCAUGUGGAUGAUGGGCGGCAACUCAAUAACCUGGCAGACUCCAUUGAGGAGGGUACCAUGCCCCCUGAACUGGUGGAAAUCAUCAAAAGGCUCUGGAAGGAUGGAGGGGUGCAAGCCUGCUUUGACAGAGCUGUAGAGUACCAGCUCAAUGACUCAGCGUCCUACUACCUGAACCAACUAGACCGCAUCACCGCUCCCAGCUACAUCCCCAAUGAGCAAGACGUGCUGCGCUCCAGAGUCAAGACCACAGGCAUCAUUGAGACCAAGUUUUCUGUGAAAGACUUAAACUUCAGGAUGUUUGAUGUAGGAGGGCAGCGGUCGGAGCGGAAGAAGUGGAUCCACUGCUUUGAGGGGGUCACCUGUAUCAUCUUCUGUGCAGCUCUCAGCGCUUAUGACAUGGUGCUAGUGGAGGAUGACGAAGUGAAUCGAAUGCAUGAGUCCUUGCACCUGUUCAACAGCAUAUGCAACCACAAGUUCUUUGCAGCUACUUCCAUCGUCCUUUUUCUCAACAAGAAGGACCUCUUUGAGGAGAAGAUCAAGAAAGCUCAUCUCAGCAUUUGUUUUCCAGAGUACGAGGGAAACAACUCUUACGAAGAUGCAGGGAAUUAUAUCAAGACUCAGUUCCUUGACCUCAACAUGAGAAAAGACGUCAAAGAAAUCUACAGCCACAUGACUUGUGCUACAGACACACAGAAUGUCAAAUUUGUGUUUGAUGCAGUUACAGAUAUCAUCAUCAAAGAAAACCUCAAGGACUGUGGACUCUUCUAA